AUGUCCAAACGGUUGUUCACGCAGGCGGCAAGAUUUAUUUUUGGUGGAGCAGUUUUAACGGCGACUGUCGCUGGUUGCCAUGCCAGGGCCGACUCCACGUCCUUCCUCCGCCGUGUUCUCGCGGAUUCGCCGACUUUAAAGGAGGCUUUCAAGUCGCCAAUCACCCCCUGGAACUCCAACUGGGAUAACAGGGGGAACCACGUCAGUGGCAAUGGCGAUUCUAGUGUAAAGUCCAAAGCCAAUCGUCACAUUAUUCUCGUUCGCCACGGGCAAUAUCACUACUGCGAAGACGACUCCGACUGUCACCUCACUGAACUCGGACGACAACAAACUGAUCUGACAGGCCAGCGCCUCAAACAACUAAACUUCCCCUACACUCGAAUCUUCUACUCAACAAUGACUCGUGCUGUUGAGUCGACUAACGAGAUUAUCAAGUACCUGCCAGGAGUUCCUGCCACGCCUUGCGACUUUAUUCGUGAGGGCGCUCCUUUUCCACCCGAACCGAGUGUUGCUAAUUGGCCACCAGAUGGAGACGAGGCGUUCAAGAAAGACGGACCCCGAAUUGAGUCAGCGUUUAUGCAUUAUAUUCACCGUGCGGAUCCCUCCCAAACCGAGGACUCCUAUGAGAUCUUGGUUUGCCACGCAAACGUGAUUCGCUAUUUCGUGUGUCGGGCACUCCAACUGCCUCCAGAGGCGUGGAUCCGCAUAUCACUGGACCACGGAAGUCUCACCUGGCUCACCAUUCGGCCGUCAGGCACUGUGUCCCUCCGGUGGCUUGGCAAUUCUGGCUACAUGCCACCUGAUAAACUAAGUCUCGCUUAA